AUGGGGCAUGGACAUCGUUGGGUCGCUCCCCAUGGCGACCGCUCAGUAAAGGUUUCUGCUCAUCGUGGUGGAUUACUUCUCGAAAACAUCCUGUGUCAGUUCAGCAUCCCCCGCCUGCUCAUCUUGGACAACGGAAGGCAAUUCACCGGUCUGAGGCUCGAGGAAUGGUGUGAAGGCUAUGGCAUCCAACAGGCCUUCACCUCUGUGGCCUACCCCCAAAAUAACGGCCAAGCAGAGGUCACCAAUUGGGAGAUCCUCAGAGGCCUACGAGCUCGGCUCGACCACGUGGGAGGCAGCUGGGUCAACGGGCUUCCUAGAAUUUUGUGGGCCCUCCGUACAACUCCCAAGGAGGCGACCGACGUCACACCAUUUUACCUGGUGUAUGGCGGUGAAGCGAUGGUUCCCGUGGAGGUCGAAGUAGAAUCUGAUCGGGUCCAUCUCUACGAUGAGGAGAACGAUGAGAGGAGGCGUAUGGACCUCGAUUUGGUGGGCGAGGUAUGA